AUGGAGUGGAACAAGGGGCGGAGGAAAUGGAAUCCCGGGAGGAGGAAGGAGGACUCGGCGAUAGGUGUGUGCGAGGGAGGGAAGGAGGAGUGGAAACGGGGCGCGCAAGAUACACCCCCCCAAAACAAGGCUGUGCAGUCUCGAGCCCUGGAUAUGAUCGGUGGCUUCUAAAGAAGAGUUGGGAAGGAAGCCAAAUUCCGGGAAGGGGAUGUGGGGAUCUAGGAGCGCACCCCAAACUGGGGGGGGGGGGGGAAUGAGUGCAGCUUAGUGGGAAGAUAAUUGUGGGUUGGGGAGAGGCACCUUGGAGAGCGGAAGUUAAGAGGUGUUUGCGAAGUAAGGAAAGGAAGAGGUUACAAACCAGAGGAAAAUGGGCUUGGCGUCCUAAUGUGGAAGUGGGGAGGAUGGUGCUCUUACAGUCUGGACCAAAGGGUUUAGAAUGACGAGGAUGUGUUUCAGACACAAUGGAGCAGGAUCCAGCUUGUUCUUACACAUUUUUCUUUUCUUCUCUCUUGCAGGUUAUGAAACCCUUUUCCUCUUCUUACCAGUAUGCCAUUAAGCACAUAUUUUAUUAUCUGUCAUCAACAGUCCUUACUAAUGUUUCCCCGAAACUCUUCCCGAUGAGAACCUGUUUUUCAAGAAUAGGCAAUUUUAUUUAGCUAACUUAUUAUAACUUUGUCCUCUUCUUUCCCUGUGCUUUGACCUACUUCAUAUAUUCUAAAUGAUAACUACUGUAUUUUUUUAAAGGAAUUGUUUUUUGGCAUAGUUUCAUAUUUGUAUUGUAUAUAUGCAAGCAGACUUUGCAAAUCUCAUGCACAAGAUUAUUAUGUGCAGUUGCAAAAGCAUUUCUUGCAGCAGAUUUUGCAAUGUGUUUGAGUGAUUCACUUUGGAUCUUUUGAACUUGGUCACAUCUUCUCAUUUCAGGAAGUUUGCUUGUCACAACACUACCCUAGACUCAAUCCAGUUCCAGCUAACUUCUUCUUUUACUCAAGCUUACACUUCCUGAGACACACACUAUAUAUAUAUAUAUAUCACACACGCACACAGCACAAGUUAAGUAAUCCACCUGGAAACAUCCUGCACUGGAGCAUGAUGCCUUUUCAGGUCCUCUCCCUUUCACUUGGUCCCAUCCCUGCCACAGUGCCAUAUUCCCUUAUCCCUUUAGGUUAGUACCUCAUAGUCAUUUUUGCUGGUAUAAGAUUUUUUUAAAAAAUAUGUUAAAAAUCUGACAACAAAUAUGCAAGAGGGGAAGAUAAUGACUCAAUUUAAAGCAAUUAUUCUGAAAUUAUUCUUAAAAAAAUCAAAUUGUAGGUUCCCUGGGCUUUUUAUGACAUAACUUUCUAUUCAUUUAGCAGCUUUUUGAAGUGGUAGUGCAAGCGUAUACCAUUGGAAAUCAUGUGAGAAUCAUUUUUCUCCAUAAUGUUCUCUGGGACAAUCCUGGAAACAGAAUCUUAACUUCUUACUGGAUUUUUUUCUUGCUGAAUCACCUCAGGAAUAGUUUCUAGUCAGUGUAACCAUUCUGCAUGUCACAGAAUUAAUUCUCUAUAGAAGCAGAGAUUGUUAGCUAAAAUAAAGUAUCCUAAGUAAAUAAGAAUUAGCCUCCUAUUUUGUUUUGCAUUCAGUUACUUCUUUGCUGCCAUUAUUAAUGCAUAAUGAUUGUUUCAAAGUAGUGGUAGUGUGGACAAGUCUUUUAUAAUUUUACAUUAAAAUAAUUGUGAUUUUUAUGAUGAAUGAUAGCAAAAGCUCCAGUUUUGAAGAAAUCAUGAAGUGUACUUGUUUCUUGCCAUGACAAAGGCUCUCAGUUAUGUAUAUACCGUAUUUUUCCGUGUAUAAGACAUCCCCUAUUUUGGGGGACUCCAAAUUAAGAAAACACCGCUCAGCACUACCCGUGUAUAAGACGAGCCCCAAUUUUAAACCUAAUUUUUUGGUUAAAAAACCUAGUCUUAUACAUGGAAAAAUAUGGUAAAUAUAUUUGAUAUAAACACUUAGAAGAACUUCCUUCCAACAGAAGUCCAGUCUAAGGGCAAUAGAAUAGAACUGGGCUUAGCAUUUCAAUCUGUGUACCAUGUAUCUUCAGAUAUACACAUAUAUAGAUGUAUGUAUGUUAAUAAAAGGGAGCCCCUGCUCUGUAAAAUAGUAAAUAUAUAAGAGUUUCCAGAGGAAUAGCCGUGUCUGCUGCAGCAAAACCAACAAAGAGUCUUGUGAUAUCUUGAAUACUAGCAUGUUUUAUCGUGUAAACUUUUAUGCAUUAAAUUUCAAACUGUUUAAAGCUGUGAACAUUUUGAAGACUUGAUUUUGCACAUGGAUUUCUUGGCUUGUUUCGCUGAAGGAUUGAUUUGACAACACUGUGGAAUAUAUUUGCUUUGUAUUUGACUGGGUUCAACCUGUUAUUUGCUUGAACAACUCUUUGCAUUCUGUUGUCUUCCUAGGAAGCUACAAAUACAUCAUUGACAUGUCAUGUAAUAUGUGAAAACCAUGACAGUACAUAGAUGCCAUGUUGAAUUACUUGUCACUUAGUGAAUAGACAGAUCAGCUUCUAUGUAUUAGAAGGAGGAAUCUUUCUUCCAAGAGUAGGAUCCUGUAGACAUUAUCUAUGUUCUUGAAUCUGCCAUGAACCAAUUAAUUGCAGUAUGAUUGACAAACUUUGUUUCCUCGUUUAAAUCCAAAUUGUAGUUUGUUGA